AGUUUUACAGCGCAUGCGCACAAUGUAUUUACAAACAUUUCCGCUAUGAAACAAACACGUGAAUUUUGCAAUAUUUUGAUUGUUACGGCUCCGACAUGUCAGUUUAUCAUGAUGAAGUUGAAAUAGAAGAUAUGGAAUAUGAUGAGGAAACUGAAACUUACUAUUAUCCAUGUCCGUGUGGUGACAGAUUUGAAAUAACAAAAGAUGAUUUAAUGACUGGUGAAGAUGUUGCCAAAUGUCCCAGUUGUUCUCUUCUAAUUAAAGUUAUAUAUGAUAUUGAUGAUUUUUUAGAAGGGGAAGAAGUAAUUGCUCAGAUCAAACCAGCGCUUGAAACUGCAUAGUGCUUCAUCAAAUCUUUCACCAAUUU